AUGGCCGACCGCAACCUCGCCCAGAUCCUUGCUCAGCUCAAGCACUCUCCAUCCAUGAGCUACUCCGAAGCCAACGCCCUCCUCUCCAAGGCCAAGCUCGCCCUCCUCAAGCUCAACGCCCUCACGCCGUCCCCCAGCACCCCCGCUCCCCUCCUCCCCCUCGCCCGCGAGACCUACGAGCAGGGCGCCCUCUUUGCCAUCCGCGCCCGCAACCCCGACGCCUUCACCCGCUAUGUCCAGCAGCUCCAGCCCUUCUACGAGCUCCCCGCCUCCGUGCUUGCGCCCAAUCUGCCUGAGCGGAACAAGGUCACCGGUCUGAGCCUGCUGCUGCUCUUGACUCAGGGUCGAUAUGCCGAGUUCCACACCGAGCUUGAGAGCUUGGCCAACCGUGAAGGUGGUGGCGGUGAUGUCGAGAGUGACCGAUACUUGGGCUACCCAAUUCGUCUGGAGAGGUGGUUGAUGGAGGGAUCCUACGACCGGGUUUGGAAGGCCAUGAAGAGCAGCGAGGUGCCAUGCGACGAGUAUAGCGUUUUCUCAGAGAUUCUUAAGAACCAGAUUCGCUCCGAAAUCGCCUCCAGCAGCGAGCGCGCAUACCCCAGCCUCCCCAUCAGCUCGACAAAGUCCCUGCUCUUCCUCGACUCGGAGGGCGACGUCAUCUCGUUCGCCCACCACCGCGGCUGGGUCGUCCGCGACGGCCAAAUCUACUUCCCCGACGCUGCUGAGGGCGAGGAUGGCGACCAGAACAAGGAGAUGAGCCAGAUGGUGAUAGAGAAUGCUCUGGGCUACGCCCGCGAGCUCGAGACGAUUGUGUAG